UAUAGUAAAUUAAAAACGGCGGAAGAAAAAAAAAUUCAAUCGCAAGGCGGUUGCUUGUCCCCUGCUUGUGAUGGGCCAUGACCGAUGCUGGUAAUCAACCACCACUCAACCCACCAUCACCAUCACCACCACUUUCAUAUAGAAAAUAUAUUAGACUUGGUCUGGAACGCCCUCAAUCAUGAACAAAGGCUUUCUCAACCCUGCCCAGAGCCAGAAAUCCGUCGAAUUGUUGAAUCCGAUUGUCCCCCUGCUGUUGCUGGAACCCAACUAUAUCUUCCUCUUACCCUUCGAUUGAACCAGCAUCCUGGGCCAUCUCAAUCUCAAUCAGGCUCCUAUCCAUUACCACCGAAAACGUGAGCCCAGAACCCUCAGCUGACCACUCAUAUCUGCUGUCACUACGAUUCCUUCCUCACUCAGCCCUGGUUGAAUUUUAAAGAUCUGACAGCCAUGUGCAACUACGUCCAAAACUACUACAUUUACACGGCCUGCUACAGCCCCAAUAGCCACUUCUUGAGGACAGAGAUGGAAGG